CAAGCAGCCUUGAGUCUUUUCCAUUCAGGACUCUGUCUCUGUUUCUCUUUGUCACUCUCUUCUCUCUCAUGGAGAAGAAGAAAAAUUAGAAAAGCAAGUGAUAGAGGUUGAAAAAGUAUAGUUCAACCAAAAAUUAUUAACAGAAAAAAAAAAAUGAAAAACUUGGUGAGGUAUUUGAUUCUUCUGGGACUGCUUGCAAUGGUGGUGGAAUCUUCUACAUGCAAUAGUAGAGACCAAGAACUGGUUUCCAAGGCCUUCAAAUUAGUGUCUGGUUUCAAUAUCUCCUGGUUUCAACAUGUCGGUUCGAACUGCUCAAACCCACCAAUCAGAGAACUGAAGCUGUCGUCCAAGAAGCUUAACGGGUCCAUAGCAUGGGGUUUUCUCAGAAACAUGUCUCGGUUGCAAAACCUUGAUCUUUCAAGGAAUCUUCUGAGGGGGAAAAUUCCAGGUUGGUUAUGGUACUCUAUUCCAAGCUUAGUCGAAGUUAAUCUGUCAAUGAACAGGUUCGGAGGUAGCAUUGGAUCCGAACUCGCCUCGGGAAAUGGUUCUUCUUUUUCCUCGAUUCGGGUUCUUAAUCUUUCAAAUAACAGGUUCACCAAUUUGGCUCGGCUUUCUGUUUUCCCCAAACUUAAAGUUCUCGACCUUUCGCAUAACGAUCUGAGAAUUCUGCCUUCUGGGUUUGAAAAACUCACCGAGCUAAAGAACCUGAACAUCUCGACCUGCAAUAUUUCUGGCAGUCUGAAACCCAUUUCCGCUAUUCGUUCGUUGAAGUACUUGGAUGUUUCAAACAACAAGAUGAAUGGUACUUUUCCCGAUGAUUUUCCUCCUUUAGGUAAGCUUGAGUUCUUGAAUAUUUCGGUCAACAACUUCAGUGGAUUGGUCAGCUCCGAUAAGUACCAGAGAUUCGGGAAAUCGGCGUUCAUUGAUGCAGGGAAUUUCAGUUUCAAUGGUUCCAAAACGCCAAUUAGCUUCAAUUCUUCACAUCCACCACCACACCCACCACCAGCUGUGCAAUCAAAAAACAGAACAUUUCACUCUCCUCUGCAGUUCAUGGGUCACCCCCACAAAACCAUAAACAGAAACGACAUGGGAGAAAAACCCAAAUCAAAAGUCAAAAAAGCUUUGGUUCUAGCUUUGUCUUGUGCUUCAGCAUUUGUCUUGGUUUCGCUGGCUGUUUGCUUAGCAGCUUGCUUUUACAGAAGAAGAAAGCAAUUGGCGAAAAGGAACAAAUGGGCAAUCUCCAAACCGGUCCAAGUACCUUUCAAGAUCGAGAAAUCAGGACCGUUCGCAUUCGAGACCGAGUCAGGCACAUCAUGGGUCGCGGAUAUCAAAGAGCCAUCUUCGGCUUCCGUGGUCAUGUUCGAGAAGCCGUUGAUGAACUUAACAUUCAAGGACCUGAUUGCGGCCACGUCACACUUCGGCAAGGAGUCUCAGCUCGCGGAGGGAAGGUGUGGACCCGUCUACACUGCUGUUCUUCCCGGAGACAUACACGUGGCGAUCAAGGUGUUGGAAAACGCUAGAGACGUCGAUCAGGAUGACGCGGUUGCAAUGUUCGAGUACCUUUCGACAUUAAAACACCCAAACUUAUUGCCUCUCUCCGGUUACUGCAUUGCAGGGCAAGAGAAGCUGGUACUCUACGAGUUCAUGCCCAACGGCGACUUGCAGAGGUGGCUUCACGAGCUCCCUACCGGCGAGCCCAACGUGGAAGACUGGAGCGGCGACACGUGGGAGCACAACACCGCCAUCAAUGGGUCCCACUUGUCGUCCCCGGAAAAGAAAGGUUGGCGAACACGUCACCGCAUCGCCGUUGGCAUAGCCCGUGGGCUGGCUUAUCUCCACCACGCGGGUUCCAAACCCGUGGUGCACGGCCACCUGGUGUCUUCCAACGUGCUGCUGGCCGAGAAUUUCGAGCCCCGGAUCGCUGAUUUCGGGUUGAGGAAUUUCGGUCGCCCAGAUGUUACGGAGCGGGAAAUGUGCGUUAGUCCUCCAACGGAUGUGUACUGCUUCGGCGUCGUUUUGAUGGAGCUGUUGACGGGUCGACCCGGUACGGCGGAGACCGUGGUUUGGGUGAGGAGGUUGGUGAGGGAAGGACAAGGUGUGAACGCGUUGGACCCGAGAUUGAGAAUCGGUGAGUCGGAGGAGGGUGAGAUGGUGGAGAGCCUCCGAGUCGGAUACUUGUGUACGGCCGAGUCACCUGGGAAAAGGCCCACCAUGCAGCAGGUCCUGGGUUUGCUCAAAGACAUACAUCCCCCACGAUGGACUUUGGGCUGAGUUGACUCGUCCCAUCAGCUGAUCCAAGCCCACGUUUCAUAAGCGGCGCGUAGAGUUAUAUAGCCCCCACCAAAAUAGCACACGCCAACUUGCAUUCCUCAAAAACAGCCUAGUUAGUUGUUAUUUUUGCCGUUUGAUUUUGAUGUUAGGCCGCCGUUUAACAAUGAAAAAGGCGGUGGUCUUAACGCGACUACUUGUCGCGUGAAGUGGCUUUUAUAAUUUUUUUUUUUUUUAAAAAAAAAUUACACUACCAUGUUUUGUUGUCACCAUGCUCACGGAUUCUAUUCUAUUUUGUUAUUUUGUUAUUUUGUGGAAUCUAAUGUAUAGAUAAAAAUGUUAUAUUAAACAAUUUUUUUUUUUAAAAAAAAAAAUGCAAAAUUAGGUGGCAGGGUAUGGGAAGGCAUGGGAACGGUGGAAUAGAUGUAGAGGUUUGGGCGGGCAUAGAGGCCACAGAAUCCCACUUACUAUUUGUCUCUUCUCUACGCCCGAUUAUCAUUCAUUUUUUAUCUCUUUAUUUAUAUAUAUAUAUAUAUAUAUUUAUAUUUU